ACAAACUAAACCGAACCCACAAACCAUUGUGGCUGGAAGGCCAACGCUAAAUGGGAGAUGAAAGUUAAGAGUCUCAAGAAUCAAAAUGGGAAAAGCAGAGUCCAGAUCGUUUCUCUAAUUCCCAUUUAAAUUUUUUACUCCAACUCCAACUUUUUGCAUCUAUAUCUUAGGAUCUGAUCUGUGCAUUUGGUUUGAGGAAUUUCUUUACACAGUACACUCGAUGGGGAUAGUGUUUACGAGAUUGUUUUCUUCGUUAUUUGGAAACAAAGAAGCUCGGAUCCUUGUUCUUGGUCUUGACAAUGCUGGCAAAACCACUAUCCUCUAUCGGCUUCAGAUGGGUGAAGUUGUCUCCACUAUUCCAACAAUUGGAUUUAAUGUGGAGACUGUGCAAUACAACAAUAUAAAGUUUCAAGUUUGGGAUCUGGGUGGGCAAACCAGCAUCAGGCCAUACUGGAGAUGCUAUUUUCCAAAUACUCAAGCCAUGAUAUAUGUGGUUGAUUCUAGUGACACUGAGAGGCUGGUAACUGCUAAAGAAGAGUUUCAUGCAAUUUUAGAGGAGGAAGAGUUGAAAGGUGCUGUUAUCCUCAUCUUCGCAAACAAGCAGGAUCUUCCUGGUGCACUUGAUGCUGCUGCUGUGACAGAGUCCUUAGAGUUGCACAAAAUAAAAAAUCGUCAAUGGUCUAUAUUUAAAACUUCUGCGAUAAAAGGCGAGGGUCUCUUUGAAGGCCUGGACUGGUUAAGCAAUACACUCAAGUCUGGUGGUGGCUAAACCUCUCUUUGGAUCAGUUUGUGACUUGCUAGGUUGGUCAAUUGCAGUUUUAGUUUAUGAAGCUGAAUACAGGUAUACUUUUUGAAAAAAAAAACCAUAAAAAACAAUGGUAGAAUACUGUUGUAUUCCAUUUUGAGUUCAAUUUUUGCAAAAUGCCAAAAAAUGUUGUAUAC